AAUAUCGUUCUUUCCUCAAUCAGCAAAUGUGCCUCAGCUUGUCCUAUGCAAAACACAAUGCAGGUGUUGUAGAUAUAACAUGCUUUGUCACUGUGAAAAAGGCAGUGUCAAAUUCUCCCAUGCUUGUAUUUUGUUGUAUUUCUGGUAUUACUGAUCCUGGCGUGCCACUGUUCACUGCCUUUCAAAUUUAUUGUUUUCUUCUUAUUCACCAAUUUGCUCAUAGAUUAGUCAUCUAUGAGUUUCUGCUUCGAAUUCUGAAUUCCUUUAUAGAAGAACCUUUGGUCAUAUUCUGGAGAAAGUGACUGAAUCUCUUCCAACCAGAAUAUAUUCUAUGACAACAAGGAGCAGAAAUGAAUUUUACAAAAGCCCAAAGAACCAUCUAAGUGGAGGAAAUUCUCAAAUAUUUAGGAAAGAUGGAGGCUGAAAAAAAAAAACUGGCUCAAUCCCCAUGGAAGAGCUGGCAAAUCUAUGUUGUCUCAUGUAUGGGGCUGUGGCCCAGUACAAAAUUGAAGCGCAGCCGGACCAGCUUGUAUGUGAAGAAGUUAGCAUUUUACCUCAAAACAUAAUCAUGGUGCAGCUCCCACUUGGUACCUUAUUGGGUGUCAUCUUUUGUGAAUGUGCAGUGUCUAACUUGACAGCCAAGAAGAUGGUGACCUUGCAUUUUGCUGAGUCAUUCCACAGAAAUAACUGCAAGUUGAUCACAAACCCCCAACUAGACCUUUCAAAUAUUCAAAUCAGAAGCCGCAAUUCAGAGGGUGUACUUUGUGGAAAUCUGAGAUGUGUCCAAUUGAGUUCCACCACAAUCCCAAGACGUGUUGGAAGUUUGUGUUUCAAUGCGUCUGCAAUGGGUCCGGCAGCAUCCAUUUUCAGAUACUAGCGUGAAUGGAGAUUGCGUAAUCUUCUAAUAACCAUGUCUAGAUUUUGAUACUGGUGCAUGAAGAUUGGCAUAAUCCAGUUACAACACUGCUUUUCAGUCGGUUGCGGCACA